AUGAGCAGAAAGCAAAAGGCCCUCGCCCAAGAGGAAGCUCUGCGCAAACAGCGCGAGGCUUCUAUGCUACCUAGGCAGCCUCCCCGCCUGCCCUCGCACUCGGCCCUUCCCCAGAUCGCGACUUUCGGAGGUGAAGACCACCGUCCGGACUCGAUUGCCAUCGUAUCCAACAAAGCCGGUGCCUACAACACUGGCGUCUACACGCCCAAUGCCCUCAACUUCAGCCGACCCGGAACCGAUGCCGCCAAAGUGACACGCCAGCAGAGUCCCGCUGUGGGUGCGCCCGCAGUUGGCUCCUCGCCACCGCCCUCCAACUACAUGGACUAUGAUCCCUACCCUAGGACUGAGAGCAUGACCAAUCGCGGUCGCUACAGCUACGCCAGCAGCCAAAUCAACACCGUAAACAGCCCACGCCGCGUGAGGAGGAGAAAAGACCCUACUCCCUUCAACAUCCUCGUCAUUGGCACCAAGAACGCUGGCAAGUCCUGCUUCAUCGACUUCCUUCGCACUGCGCUCGCACUUCCUGCGCGCAAGCGACCCCAUACUCCAUCGCCCCCUGCAACUGCUGUAGGUGGUCAAGAUUCACCCUUCACCUCCGAGUUCCUCGAGACUGAAGUAGAUGGCGAGAGGGUGGGUGUCACUCUUUGGGACUCUGAGGGUCUAGAAAAGAACAUUGUCGACUUCCAGCUGCCUGCAAUCACCGCUUUCCUCGAGUCCAAGUUUGAAGAAACCUUUAGUGAGGAGCAAAAGGUUGUACGUGCGCCAGGUGUCAAGGAUACCCAUAUCCACUGCGUCUUCCUCAUCCUAGAUCCCGUCCGCUUGGACCAGAACAUUGCAGAAGCACGUAAGAAGUCGAAUCUCGUCAACAUUGGCAGUGCCAUCUUCGGAGGCUUGGAUGAAAAUCUUGAUCUCAAUGUGCUCCGGGAGCUGCAGUCAAGGACCACGGUCAUUCCGGUUAUCAGCAAAGCAGACACAAUAACGGAUGCGCACAUGCGCUAUCUAAAGAAGACAGUCUGGGACACCAUCAAGCGUGCCAAGCUGGAUCCACUCCAGGCCUUGAACCUGGACCUGGGCGAUGAAGACGACGACGAAGACCGCCUGGACGAGCGGGAUGAGGACGAAUACGACUCGUCGGAAGGAGAAGGCGAGGGCGAGGCUAAGGCACUCAACAAGAUUCUAGAGCGAUCUUCUUCUGAUGCUGCACGCUCCAUGGGUUCAUCCGGCUCAUCAACCAAAUCCCACUCCCCUCCUACAUCACCACCAAGUGCUAAGAGAAGUCACGCCCGCAAGCCUUCCGCCAUCUCCGCAUCCAUACAAGGUGACGAUGUUGACUCUCCGUUCUUACCUCUGAGUAUCAUCUCGCCCGAUCCGUACGAUCCCGAGGUGAUUGGCCGCCGAUUCCCCUGGGGCUUUGCCGACCCCUACAACCCAGAACACUGUGACUUUGUCAAGCUUAGGGAAUAUGUUUUCAGCGAUUGGCGCUCCGAACUCCGCGAAGCUAGCCGUGAGCAGUGGUAUGAAGGUUGGAGGACGACUCGCUUGGAGCAGGGCAGACGACGAGUUGUGACUUCGCAUGGACCUGCAUCAAAGGGACUUUCCGUUCCCACCGCCAACGGUCGAGCAACCAGUGCUGGCAAUCAGGACAGCCGACCAUACCGACCCAACCAAUACUAA